AGGUUAGGCUGAAGUAAAGAAGAUAUGAAGAACUUUGUAACUGUGACCCUAGCUAUCUUCAUUUGCCUGGCAGUCGGCGUGGAGUCAACCGACUCCAACACUGCUGUAGACUUGGCAAGUCUGGCCGAUAUUGUCUGCAAGUCCAAGAAGGUCCUCUACUACAGAGACGGAUACAAGAAGUUCUGUGAACUUUCCAAGAAAAUUAUUUGCCCAAGAACCGGUAAAACACCGGAUCCGGAAUCAGUGAGCUGUAAAGCAACAGAGUCUCCACGAAUAAGAUACCAGAUGAUCAAGGUUCAUAAGGCUGUGUGUCAGUAUGAGGGCCGAGAUGAAACGACGAAGAAAGUUCAAGCCUUGAUGCAGGAUGCCGGACAAUGCAUGUACUAUUAGGCAAGUUACAAUGUACAUAGUUCAGCAAC